AUGUCUGUGGACGAAGCCUGUGUUCUCUCAGCCAAGCUCAAGAUCAAACAAUGGGAGAAAAAGUUUCUGAGUGUGAAUAUGCGAGUCCCAGAGCCCGCGGACAUCAAGACAGCUCCAGAUGAUGUACGAGCUUCGUAUGUGCUAUACUCCAAGCAUAAAAAACAAGGUCAACAGAAAGAGGUCGAAGCUCAAGAGAGCCGCAUCAGGAAAGGCGAGGUUUGGGGAUCGGAAUUCAAUGUCAGUCAGACCGCAUCGCCGUCGGCGCAAACGGCUCAGGAACGACUCGCCGCCAAGAUGAGGGCUCAAUUCCAACCAGAUUGUUCUGCGUGGAAGAACAGUCUGGCGAGGCUCCGCCGUUCCGCGAAACCAGCACCGGCAAAGGGUGAUCCCUCGGGUGACAAAUCGGACGUAGGAGCCCCAACGGAGCUCCAAUCAGUGAAGGAUCCGUCGACGACAGACGAGAACGGAUCUGAAUGCUCUCGAAAUACCGAUGUACCGAGUCCAGUCAAGGACAGGAAGCUCUCCUACAGACCAGUUUUCAGAAAUCGGGACUUGAACCCAGCUUGGCUCGAGCGUAACGCAAACAUCUCGGACGCACCAAAAAGCUUCGCGGUUACGAGUCCGGAAAUCGUGCUGAACACUCCGAAAGAAAACGAGAGCGCGACAUUCAAACUGAGUCAAAUCAAAGCGUUUUCCAAGGCCGUAACGACGACUCCGGAGGUUGAGGAAGCCAUUCGCUUGGCCAGAGAAUCCACGGCGAAGGAGAAUGACACGGGGGAGGAGAACUGUGAGAAACCGGCGCAGAAAAUCAAAAGCGUCGUCACGUUCGAGGAAGAGUUUUCCAAAGAGAUGGAGGGACGAUCGGACGUUGCAAACGUCAGGAAAAUGAAAGCUCAUCAGAAGUUCGCCGCAAAUCCGAAAAUAGAGACUCUCGACAAAUCAAAUGUCGACACGAUCGACGGGAAAGCGGAGGGAGCGCCGAAGGUUUCUUCUUCGGAGAGCUUUGAAUCUGAAAAGACGAUGGCCGAUGAAAUCGAAAAUGGUGAAAAGCGUCCCGCUCCGAGGAGCAUCUUGGAUCCUUUCGAAGACCACGCGUCGGGCAGAAACACAGAUAGCGGAAGUGUCGUGCAGCUAUAUCCCAGGGAGACUGUGAGAACGGCUGAAGCCCAAGACUCCGAGGUGAAGAAAUUGCGCAAGCGAGGCGGUCGGAUCAAUGCGAAAAUAGACGUCGAUCUCAGAGUCAAGCCUAAGCGAGCCACAGCGAAGACGAAAAGUGUGCCGAGAAAAGAGCCUUCUCGGAAACGGAAACGGGAGGGCGAAAUCGAAGAGGACGCCCCUGAGACCGAAACGAAGUACCUCGGCGCUGAAGGGCCGAUCGACGAUGUCCCUUCGGACGCGAAACCCAAGGCUAAGAAGCCGGAAGCUUACGUUGAGGAUUGUUCUGGCCCAAAUAGAUCGAAACGACAAAAAGUCUCGAGCCUCGAAAGACGAAUGGCAAACGGAACAAUGGGAGAGAACUUCGUCAAAGCGAAUCUUAGGAAGAAAACGUACUCACGCGGGGUCAAGAAACUCAAUUUCAAGAAGUACAAGUUCGAACAAUGGAAGCAAGCAAAACAGUCUCAAGGCGGUGGAGGGGGCUUCAAUCCAAGAAUGAACUCCUCGGAAUGUUUCAAAUGCGGGGGUUUCGGACACUGGGCCAAGUAUUGCUUCGCGAAACCGAAGCCCGAGCAGAAAGAAGACGAACCUGCCGAAGAGAUUCACAUUCCCACUCUGGAUGAAGUCGCGGCUAUGGUGAAUGCGGGUGGAUUGGUCGCAAGCCAAGCUCCAACGUACAACUAUAACGUGAUGCCUGCCUCGCAAACACCCGCGGAGCCUUCGCAUAAGCCCGUUGUAAACGACGUUUCCGUUGAGAAUAUGGAUGACGCACAAAUCGAGGAGCUGAUGUCGAACAUUCCUGAAGGGAAUCCCGAGGAAGAUCCCGAAGUCGACCCGGCUCGUGAUUCGAUCUCCUUCUACGAGGAAGAUGAGCAAAUGGAAGUCAGAAAAUCGCUCAGGGAACUGGGCUUCGAAGAUUUCAGGCCUGGCCAAGAAACUGUUGUGAAGCGAAUACUCCGAGGACAAUCUACGCUGAUGGUCUCUUCCACCGGAUCGGGGAAAUCUCUCUGCUACCAACUGCCCGCAUACAUUUUCGCGAAGCGAAGUAAUUGCAUUACUCUAGUUGUAUCUCCACUCAUUUCACUGAUGGAGGAUCAAGUGACAGGACUCCCAGGAGCCUUCAAAGCGAGCUACCUACAUUCAGGAAUGGCUCAGCCACAAAGGGAGAAAGCGCUGGAAUUGAUCCGCGAGGGCAAGGUCCAUGCUGUAUUAGUUUCGCCUGAAGCCGUUGUAGCGGCCGGUCAGGGUGGGUCACUUCUCUCGGGACUUCCGCCAAUCGCUUUUGUCUGCAUCGAUGAAGCUCAUUGUCUCUCUGAGUGGUCCCACAACUUCCGGCCGUCGUAUCUACAAUUGCACAAGACCCUGCGGGAGAAAAUGGGAGUCAAGUGUGUGCUCGCGCUGACUGCCACCGCCACGAAAUCGACCUGCGACAACAUUUCACAGCAUCUGCAAAUUAGUUCAGACGGUGUUGUCGGACUAUUCAAAUUGCCCUCUAACCUCAUACUCACAGCAUCAAAAGAAGUCGAUCGCGACGCGGCACUGAUCGGUCUUCUGAAAAGCGACCGCUUUUCUGCAAGCUCGUCGAUCAUCGUGUACACCACCCGGAGAGACGAAACAGAACGACUGGCUUCCCUCAUCCGGACCUCAAUGCAGGAUAAGUUGAGGGAUCCGGCUGAACUCGCUCAAAUGAAGAGACAGCGCAACAAAACUCGAGACGUCCUCGAAUGGGAUGCGGAAGCUUAUCACGCCGGUCUGGCACCGGCGAAAAGGAAAGCCGUUCAAAAUAAAUUCAUGAAAGGGAAGGUUCGCGUAGUAGUUGCAACAGUAGCUUUCGGGAUGGGAAUCGACAAGCCGGACAUAAGGGCCAUCAUCCAUUAUAACAUGCCGAAAAGUUUCGAAAACUACGUUCAAGAAGCGGGUCGAGCUGGGCGUGAUGGGAAAAGGAGUGACUGCCAUUUGUUCCUGGAAUUCAAAAGCGAGGAUCGUAACGAAAUCAAACGACACAUAUAUACCGACUCGACGGAUCGUUUCGUGAUACGAAAAUUCCUCCGGAAAGUCUUCGAACCAAUGGACAGAUUGAAGGACGCAAUGAAUAAAAUGCCGAAAUUCGAAGUCGCUCUCGAUAUCCCCCAAAUGGUCGAGUACCUUGACAUGAAAGAAGAAGCUAUCCUCACCCUAAUGUGUUUCUUGGAGUCGCAUCCGAAUAAGUUCAUUCAAAUCAAACAGAAAGUCUACGGUACAUGCACCGUAAAAUGCUACGGCGGUCCGCAGCAGUUCGUGUCCCUGAUCAAAUCAUCGCCUCCAUUAGCGGCGGCCGUGGCCCUGAAGAAAAAGUUCGGUGAGCUGGAUAAAAAUAGUUCAUCCUCGUUGACAUUCCCUGUGGUGGAAGUGGCGACGUUCAUGGGCUGGGACUCGAAGCAGGUCAAACGGGAGCUCAAAAACCUCGAAUGGAGUAAUACGAAGGGCUCUUACAGGAAAACGGGUGUGGUCGUGGAGUUUUCCGACUUGUGUUUCCAUCUUUACGUGUCAUCGGACCUCGGAAACCUCGAUCAGGAUGAAGUUCUAGAGUAUCUAUUCGAGAGGACGGAGCAACAAGAAAAUAUGCAGCUAGAACGGCUUGCGAAGGUUUUCAGCGCCUUCAAACAUGUGGCGUUAGAGUCAGGAGAGGGAGGGGACGAAGUCGAUAUUGCGAAGAGCGACGAACUCAAACGCCUCAUCGAAGCCUACUUCCACGAAGAACCACUCGGGAUCGAAAUAGAUGAAUUCUUCAACGAGCUAUCUACGGAUUACGAUGCAGACUUCGUCAGGGGUGAUAUCCGCUCCCUGAUCCACAGUCAGCCGGAUCAAACGUUCUCGGGAAGAGCUGUCGCGAGGAUCCUCCACGGAAUCCCGUCUCCGAACUACCCUGCGCAGGUUUGGGGUCGUUUGAGACGAGUCUGGAGAUCGCACAUGGAAGUGGACUUCCCGUCCUUGGUGAAAAUUGCGAACGAAGAGAUCGUCAGCUGGAGAACGGGGAACUGAUGGCCACUAUUGUUUAAGUCCAAGGAACGGUUGCCAUGUUUGUCCGGUAUCUUGUGGCUUUCAUUGAUCUCAUCAUCUUAUGGUAAUUGACGUAAUCCCCUGUUAAGAGUCGUCGACUCCGAGGGCAUACAGAGUGUACAGAGAGAGCAUGGGACCACAUGGGAUGAUUCCCGCGAAAGUCCGCGGUUUCAUUCCGGAAUAAAUGUGCAUGA